AUGGCCACAGUCACGCCUGAUGGUCCCGGCACCUUGCCGCUAAGGAUGGCGCGCCGGACACUGGGAAUCAUCUUGCUUUUAGUGGUGGUUGUGCUAUGGACGACCUCGAAUUUCCUCGGAAGUACUAUCUUUGCGGACAAGACCUACCCGAAACCCUUCUUCGUGACUUAUACCAAUACUUCGAUGUUUAUCAUGCCCCUCUUCUUCAUUAUCGCCCGUCGGACAUGGAGUCUUUGGCGGCUUCGGAAAUUCUCCCAGAUUACUUCCUUGAAGAGCCUCUUGAAUCACCUGGACUCGCAUGAUCCUAAGAGUGAGGAGGAGAGUAUGCUGCACAGUGGAUCCGAUGAAGAGGACGGGCGCUUUCCGCAGCCCAACCAGGAUGAUCCAGCUGGAAAGCUAGGGUUGAAAGCAACAGCUAAGCUCAGUGUCCAGUUCUGUCUUCUCUGGUUUAUCGCAAAUUACUUUGCGAUGGGAUGCCUCCAAUUUACGUCAGUUGGAAGCACAACGAUUCUGACCUCCACUAGUGGCGUUUGGACCUUGGUCUUUGGUGCCUUGGUCCGUGUUGAGAAAUUUACUAUGCGCAAAUUCAUGGGUGUUAUCGCUUCUCUGAUCGGUAUCAUCCUGAUCUCGCGUGUAGACCUCUCCAAGCCAGACACAGGUGAGACCCCUGAUGGGGGUGAGGGCUCAUUCCCUCACAAAUCCACGGGAGAGAUUGCUCUCGGUGAUGCCAUGGCGGCGUUCAGCGCUAUCAUGUACGGUCUUUACACGGUCGUCAUGAAGAAACAGGUUGGCGAUGAGUCCCGUGUCAACAUGCCACUAUUCUUCGGACUGGUUGGAUUCUUCAACGUCGUUCUUCUGUGGCCCGGCUUCUUCAUCUUCCACUGGACAGGAUUGGAGCCGUUCUCCUUGCCUGAUACUAGCCGUGUGUGGGAAAUCAUUCUGUCUAACGCGCUCGCAUCCUUCAUCUCUGAUAUUGCUUGGGCGUAUGCUAUGCUUCUUACCACACCACUCGUGGUCACCGUCGGACUCAGUAUGACCAUCCCCCUUUCCCUGAUCGGACAGAUGGUCCUGCAGGCAGAAUACGCCAGCCCCAUGUACUGGGUUGGAGCAGCUAUCGUGUUCUUAUCUUUCGUGGUUGUGAACCACGAGAGCAAGACCCAGGACAAUGUCGCCAAUACCGGCGGAGCAAGCAGAUCGUUCUCAGGCGAGUACGACAGUAUUCCUGUGGAAGAAGAGGAAAUGCGAUAA